UGUCCUCUCGUUCACCAAUCCCAGAUUCACCACCGGAACUCCUCCGUUGCUGAGAUCUCCAUCUCAAUGAACUUCUCUCUCUCUCCUCGCUACUAAAAAGGUCAGUUCUUUUUUAUUCCAAUUUGCUCAUUAUAUUCAUAAUUCUCAGCUUCGGUCACGAAAGCCCAUCACCAAAUCCUCUAGACUGAACUAGAUCUACUAACCCAUUUCCCCAAAACCCAAAGAUCCAGCCCUGAACCCUAGAUCCAAACCCACGUCGACGGAAAAGAUGGGACCUUGCUCAAGAUUUGUCAUCUGGGUCAUCUCGAAUUUCUUAAUUCUCCAAUCAAUUCAAGCCUUUUAUCUCCCUGGUAGCUACCCUCACAAGUACCAGACUGGGGAUUCCUUAUCCGUUAAAGUGAACUCUCUGACCUCGAUCGAGACCGAAAUACCAUUCAGUUACUACUCCCUCCCCUUUUGCCAGCCUCAAGAAGGCAUCAAGGACUCGGCCGAAAACCUUGGUGAGCUCCUGAUGGGUGACCGAAUUGAGAACUCCCCGUAUCAAUUCAAGAUGCACACUAACGAAUCCGAUGUGUUCCUUUGUCGGUCUGAUCUGUCGAAGGACAAUUUCAAUCUCUUGAAGAAGAGGAUUGAUGAAAUGUACCAGGUGAACUUGAUUCUCGAUAACUUACCCGCGAUUCGAUACACCAAGAAGGAUGAUUACUUCCUUCGAUGGACCGGGUAUCCAGUUGGGAUCAAAGUUGAUGAUGCUUAUUACUUGUUUAACCAUUUGAAGUUUACCAUUUUGAUUCAUAAGUAUGAGGAGACCAAUGUGGCUAGGGUUAUGGGGACUGGGGAUGCCGCAGAGGCGAUACCCAAUUUGGAAAAAUCGAAAUCUGGGUUCGAUUUGCCUCCGGGUUAUAUGGUGGUCGGGUUUGAGGUUGUGCCUUGUAGCCUUCAGCAUGAUGCGGAGUCGGUCAAGGACUUGAAGAUGUAUGAUAAGUACCCAUCGAAAAUCCAAUGUGACCCUUCAACAGUUGCUAUGUCCCUUAAAGAGAACCAACCAAUUGUGUUCACUUAUGAGUACUCGUUCGUUGAUAGUGAUAUUAAGUGGCCAUCUAGAUGGGAUGCAUAUUUGAAGAUGGAAGGUGCAAAGGUGCAUUGGUUCUCGAUUCUCAAUUCUUUGAUGGUUAUUGCCUUUUUGGCUGGAAUUGUCCUCGUGAUCCUUUUGAGGACAGUGAGAAGGGAUUUGACUCGGUAUGAGGAGCUUGAUAAGGAAGCUCAGGCUCAGAUGAAUGAGGAGUUAUCAGGGUGGAAACUUGUUGUGGGUGAUGUAUUCAGAGCUCCAAGCAAUCCAACAUUCCUCUGUGUUCUUAUUGGUGAUGGAGUUCAAAUUCUUGGUAUGGCAUUGGUGACUAUCUUAUUUGCUGCACUUGGGUUCAUGUCUCCAGCCUCUAGAGGAACUUUGAUCACCGGAAUGCUAUUCUUUUAUCUCAUUCUCGGAAUUCUUGCUGGUUAUGCUGCUGUUAGGCUUUGGAAAACAAUGAGAUGUGGGGAUCACUCGGGUUGGGUCUCAGUUUCUUGGAAAGUUGCUUGUUUCUUCCCUGGAAUCGCUUUCUUUAUUUUGACCACAUUAAACUUCCUGUUAUGGGGUAGUCAUAGUACUGGAGCAAUUCCUCUCUCUUUAUUCGUCAUUCUCAUUCUCCUUUGGUUUUGCAUCUCGGUGCCUCUUACACUUGUUGGUGGAUUCUUUGGUGCAAAAGCGGCUCAUUUUGAGUACCCAGUGCGAACUAAUCAAAUCCCUCGACAGAUUCCUGCUCAAAAAUACCCAUCUUGGCUAUUGGUUAUAGGAGCUGGGACCCUUCCCUUUGGCACUCUCUUCAUCGAGCUUUUCUUUAUAAUGUCGAGCAUUUGGAUGGGGCGAGUGUACUAUGUAUUUGGUUUCCUCUUCAUUGUGUUGAUGCUUCUUGUUGUGGUGUGUGCUGAGGUUUCUUUGGUUCUCACUUACAUGCACAUUUGUGUUGAGGACUGGCAGUGGUGGUGGAAGUCGUUUUUUGCUUCAGGAUCUGUUGCUUUGUAUAUCUUUUUGUACUCGGUGAACUACCUUAUCUUUGAUUUGAAGAGCUUGAGCGGGCCUGUGUCUGCUACGCUUUACCUUGGAUAUUCUCUCUUCAUGGCUAUUGCUAUAAUGCUUGCAACGGGGACAGUUGGGUUCAUCUCCUCCUUCUGGUUUGUUCACUACCUUUUCUCUUCAGUGAAGUUGGACUGAUCUCGUACUAUGAGCUAUAUUGCUGGUGAUCAAGUGGAAGGUGAAAUAUCUAUUCUUUUUCGUUAGUUAUUUAGUCUGUUCGUCUCUUUACUCUGCUUCAUUGGAUUUUUGUAGCUUGGUAUUUUAUACUAGAGAAUAAUGCCUUUGGCUUCUAUUAUUCUUUAUUACAUUAAGAUUUAUUUAUGCUUAAUGCCAUGGUAAAAUGUGAGGUAAAAUGUAUCGUGUUGUGAUUGUUUCGAAAUACUGUUUCUUUGUUUGUCCUUAAUCAGCAUAUGACACAAUAUUUCUUGUCAGAUUCUGUAAUUGUGAAUUGCUGAAAUAUGCUGUUGUUGUUUUCGAAAUACAUUAAGAUUUAUGCUGUUGUUGUUUU